GCGCGAAACUGAAACUUUGGCGCCACAUCCUGAAAACACACUGGUGAAAGAAGGCAGCUGAGAGCAUCAAGAAGAAGAAGAAGUCUCCAAACACUGAACCAGUCCGGUAACGUUAGCUACCGUCGUCAGGGUAACCGGUAGUCAGUAACCUCCUGGCUGUGGAGUCGUCCACAAUGAAUCAGAAUAAAGCUCUUAUCUUCUGAUAGAUGUCUGUCAGGUUAUCCUUCUGUUGACGGCACCGUCAGCGAAACACACAUCACUCAUUUACCCAGAAGCACAUGAAUACGGACACCUGUGUGUCGUUUAAUCACAGCCACCAUGAACAGGACCAAACUGAAGAAAACCAAGGCACCAGGAGGGCAGAAGAACAUCUCAUCGUUCUUUUCCUCUCAAAAUCACCACAAGGACUUGUCGUCCUCCACAAAAUUAUCCGUUGCUGGCACUGCACUCGUCAGGACCAAACCUAAAAUCAAAGAUGGUGAAACCUCCACAUUCAGACCCCAUUCCCCCUUAAAGAGGAGUAUCCUUGGGGAGCUUGAAAACCACCUGCCCUCAUCGCCUGAUCUUCUCUCUGUGCCUGAGACCCCCACCAGUCAGAUCAGGCUUGCCUCCUCUUCCUCCAGCAGAGAGGUGGCGAGCCUGGAGAAGCUUGGCCAACUGUCCCCCAUCUGCCGUAGUCCCCGCUCCAGAGGGCAAAGUGCACGGAGAGUUAUGACCAAGGAUGGAGGAACAACCAAGAGGGAAGACGGGUGGUGUGGCUCCGUAAAAAGACUCAUCAGCCCUCCGCAAGAGUCUCAGAAUGCCAAGAGAACAAGAAAUGCUAAUCCACAGGCACAAAGAACUGCACUCAGCCCCGCGGGUAACAACCUGAAAGUAACAAGGCCUGUGAUUGGCCUUUUGAAGACGCCUCAUGUUUCCAGUGACCAGUCUGAAGGUCACAGCAGAAGUACUGAAGUGGUCUUUAAUGACAACAAAAACUCUUUUGUGGAACAGAGAAAACAUCAGAAAGAGAGAGAUGAAAAUGAGAGAGAAUCUGGUUUUACUGUGAUAACGGAGCCGAAAACAACAGAGGCGACAGCCAGUGGAAACCCACACACUCGUCUGGAGGAGGAUACUCACAUUCUUACUGCUCACAUGCACAAACCUUGUGCGCAAACUAUCACAUCUGCAAUGCAGAGAAGCACAAAGGAGGGAGAGAUUGACCUUAACAAGGCAGGAACUACAACAACAGCAAUGAGAUCAUCAAAAGGAGACAGGGAAAAUUUGACAUCAUCGGAUCAGGAGCGGGCUGAAGGAACGACUUCAGCGUGUCCUGUGGAAGAGAUGUUGGACGAGAGCUGGUUUGCAGAGCAGAUGGAUCAUAAUGAAGGUCUUGGGACAGAGGAUAAACCAAAAAAACCCCGUAAGGUGCCAGACCAUGUGAUCCUCUCUGGAGGCAUAAACAACCGCUACUGGGUUUUGGAUGUGGACGAGAGACCUGGCCACAAAACAUUGACCAUCUCAUGCUCCAAAUCUCUACAUCCAACUGAGAUGUGUUUGCUGAAAGAUGGAUGGGAGAUGACGCCCAUUCGUUGUGGUGAUGUGGUGCAUCUAGAGGGCCGCCCUGAUGGUGGAUCCUGGGUUGUGGACAGGGAGCAGGGCUUCUUGGUUUUACUACCUGAUAGCCUCGUCUCAGGUACCAGCAUCUCUAACUCCAUCCGCUGCAUGAGGCGUGCAGUACUGGGAGAAAUGUUCAAGAGUUUUGACGGUGGCUCCAAGCAAAUGCUGAACGGCACCAUGGUCCAUGAAGUCUUCCAGAGAGCAGCUACAGCUAAAGAUUUUUCUUUGGAGACGCUGUCUAAGCUGGCUGACCAAACACUGUGCCGUCCUCAGUACCUGGGAGACAUGUACAGUUUGGGUGUAAGCCAGGAAGAGAUGAAGCAGGAACUGCAUGAUUAUCUGCCCGCACUGGAACAAUGGGCAAAGGAAUACCUCAGCUCCACAACACCAAAAACCAUCAGCCUCAAAAUCCCCAGCAACAGCAGAGCUCCGAGCAGGGGUCAGGACUCGGCAACUGUUGUCACGGUAGCAGAGCUGGCAGAUAUAGAGGAGAAUGUGUGGUCCCCGAAAUUUGGUCUGAAAGGGAAAAUCGAUGUGACGGCGCGGGUUCGAAUCCAAAGACCACGAAGCGGUAGUCACAGAACGUCGGAGGAGAGGACUGUCCCCCUGGAGCUGAAGACCGGAAAGGAGUCGAACUCGAUAGAGCAUCGCAGUCAGGUGAUUCUUUACACUCUGAUGAGCUCGGAGAGAUACAACUCUGAAGCUGGCUUCCUGCUUUACCUCAAGACUGGCAACCUGCACCCUGUAGUGGCCAGCCACAUGGACCGCAGAGAGCUGCUGAAGCUGAGGAACACGUUGGUUCAUCACGUUCACAACUGUGUGGAGAAAGAGGCGAAGCAGAGCCGGCUGUCUAGACUUCCUGACAUCCUGACCAACAGACAAACCUGCCAGUACUGUCCUCAGAAGAGAAACUGUGCUUUAUAUGAGAGGGCGCUCGAUGGCAGCUCUGCAGACGUCCACGAGGAUGUUGUGCGUGACUUCAUACAGCAGGAGACGGGUCACCUGAUCCCACCACAUAUAAGCUAUUUUUCCCAUUGGCUUCUGCUCUGCUCCCUUGAGGCUGCCAGCAUGGAGGCCAAGAAUGGUCGAAAGCGUGUGUGGCUUCAGACGGCUGAGGAGAGUGAGAAGAAUGGCAGCUGUGUGGGGAAUGUGCAGCUCAGUGGCCCAGUGACCGUGCAGUCUGAAGGGGUUUUCCUCCAUCGUUUCCAGCGAAGCGGUACGGUGCCACAGAAGGGUUUGGCCAGCAGCGGUUUGGCCAGCGGGGAUCGCAUCGUUGUUAGCGACCAGGAAGGUCGUCUGGUUGGUUUGGCAACAGGAUACCUGUGUGAGGUCAGCAAGACAUCGAUCAGCUGCACUCUGGACAGAGACCUGUCUAAGUUCAGUGGUGUGUUGUUUCGAUUGGACGGUGAUGAAGGUGUGGUGGGCCUCAGCACUCACCUCACCAAUCUCUCCAGACUGAUGGAAAACUGUCAGGACAGUGACCGCCUGAGGGAGCUGGUUGUUGACCUUCGUCCUCCAGAGUUUAUUUCCAACCUCAGUUCUGUUCUGCCAAGAGAGGCCAAGGACACUGUGGCCGACAUCCUCAAAGGUCUCAACAAACCCCAGAAGCAGGCCAUGAAGAAGGUGUUGUUAUCUAAAGACUACACACUGAUUGUUGGCAUGCCGGGCACGGGCAAAACCACAACCAUCUGCACCCUGGUUCGCAUCCUUCACGCAUGUGGGUUCAGUGUGUUGUUGACCAGCUACACCCACUCUGCUGUUGACAACAUCCUGCUGAAGCUAAAGCGAUUCCGGGUCGGGUUUCUGCGUCUUGGGCAGGGGCAGAAGGUUCAUCCAGACAUCCUGCCUUACACGGAGGAAAGUGCGAGGAAGAAGGGAGUUCACACUUUGUCAGAGCUGGAGCAGCUUUAUAACAAGGAGUUGGUAGUGGCCACCACCUGUAUGGGCAUCAAGCAUCCCAUUUUCACACGUCGCCGGUUUGAUUUCUGCAUCAUAGACGAAGCUUCACAGAUCAGCCAGCCGAUCUGUCUGGGACCCCUGUUCUAUGCCAAGAGAUUUGUCCUUGUUGGAGAUCACCAACAGCUGCCACCAAUAGUACAAAAUCAGGAGGCGAGGAAACUUGGGAUGGACGAAAGUCUAUUUAAGCGACUGGAGCUCCACAGUGAAGCAGUGGUCCAACUCAAUGUACAGUACCGGAUGAAUAGGCAGAUAAUGUCUCUCAGUAACUCCCUGAUGUAUGAGGGCCGGCUGGAGUGCGGAUCAGAGAGGACGGCCACGGCCCUGCUCACCCUGCCCUUCCUGCUUUCUGUCCAGUCGGAGCUGACUUCCCACUCUGAGACUCCUCCACACCACGACCUGGCUUGGAUACAGGCCAUGUUGUUGCCCAGCAACCCUGUUUGCUUCCUAGAUUGCUCCAUGGUGCCAGCGCUGGAGUCUGUAGAGCAGGGAGGCGUAAGCAAUCACACCGAGGCUGCUCUCAUACACAAGCUGCUUUCACUGCUGAUAAAGGCAGGGUGUAAGCCGAGUGAUAUAGGUGUUAUCGCCCCCUACAGACAGCAGUUAAAGAGCAUCUCUGCUCUGCUGCAGUCCUCUGCUUUCACCGGCGUGGAGGUGAAUACAGUGGACAGAUACCAAGGACGGGACAAAAGUCUGAUCAUUUUUUCUUUUGUCAGGAGCACUGCAGAGGAAGGAAACUUAGGAGAGCUGUUGAAGGACUGGCGUCGCCUGAAUGUAGCCAUUACCAGGGCUAAACACAAGCUACUGAUGGUGGGCUCUGUCACAACGCUACGACGCUACGCACCUGUGGAGAAACUACUCAACCAUCUCCAGCAAGAGAACAUGAUUAUCCAUCUCCCGCCAGCUGCCCACAAGGCCUUACCAAGCUUGACCCUGUGAUAGAAGUCUGUGAAGCCAUGGUGUUGUUUCAGGUCACCUGCCUGUCUCACAGUGGAGCGGCCAGUGGCUGUGGAUCACCUCAACAGGGCAGAGAUUUAAUGCCAAUCUGCAAACGCACUCAAUGAUCUGGAUGCUGUGAUCAGUUUAUCCAUCUUUGG